AUGACAUUUGAGAAAAGAUCCGCCAUCGGCUGCACGAAGACGGAGACGUUUCACGCAUUAUACCCAAGAGCUUGGAUAGUAUAUGAGGAACCUGAUCCAGCAUUGAAAAUAGUUUGUCGCCAGAUUUCACCUGUUAUACCCCAUAACUACAAGGAGAGUAGCUAUCUUAUAUCCGUUUUUACUUUUACGCUCAAUAAUUUGGGCAAAACAACAGUAGAUGUCACCUUGCUUUUCACAUGGGCUAAUUCUGUUGGAGGGCAAUCUGAAUUUACUGGUCAUCACUUCAACUCAAAGAUAAAGAGGCCUGAUGGCGUACAUGGUGUGCUUCUACAUCACAAGACUGCAAAUGAGCAAUCUCCGCUCACAUUUGCAAUUGCAGCAGAAGAGACUGAAUAUGUUCAUAUCUCAGAAUGCCCUGUCUUUGUUAUAUCCGGUUCUCACAAAGGCAUCUCCGCGAAGGACAUGUGGCAUGAAGUUAAACAGCAUGGGUCAUUUGACCAUCUGAAUUUUAUUGGAACGUCGGUGCCUUCAGAACCAGGAUCAUCCAUUGGAGCAGCUAUUGCAGCAACUGUGACUAUUCCACCUAAUGCUCAAUGCAACGUGACUUUUUCAUUGGCAUGGGACAGCCCUGAAGUGAAGUUCCCUGGAAGGCGGGUUUAUAACAGGCGUUACACCAAAUUUUAUGGUACUAAAGGAGAUGCUACUGCAGAUAUUGCACGUGAUGCUAUUAUUGGUAAUCUUCUUUUCUGA